GUUUGUGCUGCUGGCAGAAUACCGGCUUGUCAUUUACGGCUUCUUCCACUUCGCAGCACAUCUCCAGAUAAACGCAAGAGAUGUUGCUGUGUGCUCUGGUGGGUCUGCUGCUGCUGUUCUCCUGUCUGGAUGUGUGGUACUUCCUGCGGGGGGUGGUGGUGGUGGUGCAGGCCUGGUUCCAACCCCCGGUCUGGGAUGUCCUGGCAGAGCAGAGUGUUGCUGGGAGGGUCCUACCUCAUGACCUGGACUAUAUGGGUCACAUGAAUAACGCCAGAUACCUCCGGGAGUGUGACUUCGCCAGGUUCCACCAUUACAUGCGGAACGGGAUCUUUAAGGCCCUACGGACCCUGAAGGCCACCAUGGUGGUGGGGGCCUCCACCAUUCGCUACCGACGCUCGCUGGCCUUUGGGGAAGCAUUUGACUUGCGCACUCGCAUCGUGGCAUGGGACGACAAGUCAUUCUUCGUGGAGCAGCGGUUUGUCUCCCAGGGCGACGGGUUCAUCUCCGCGGUGAUGCUAUGCAGACAGAAUGUUCUCCGUAGCAACCCUGAGAGCAUCCUACAGCUGCUCUGCAAGAGGAAGGUGGAGUGUCCCGACUACCCUGAGGAUCUACAGCACUGGAUCAGCUUCAUCUCAGCCAGCAGCCAGGCCCUGAGAGCCCAGAGUGGACUAGAGGACAAGACUGGACCGCAGGAAGACAAAGACAAGUGAUACACACAUUUCCUUGAGUAGCCCUGACAUUACACGUUGUUGUAGCCCGGCCCAGAGCACACCUGAUUCAACGAAUCUGCUUAUCAUUCAGCUGUUGAUUAGUUGAAUCAGGUGAGGGCCUAGAACUGACAUGACUGACAGCUCCCUCAGAAUACAGGAAGUAAACUGACAUGACUGACAGCUCCCUCAGAAUACAGGAAGUAAACUGACAUGACUGACAGCUCCCUCCAGAAUGCAGGAACUAAACUGACAUGACUGACAGCUCCCUCAGAAUACAGGAACUAAACUGACAUGACUGACAGCUCCCUCCGAAUACAGGAACUAAACUGACAUGACUGACAGCUCCCUCAGAAUGCAGGAACUAAACUGACAUGACUGACAGCUCCCUCAGAAUACAGGAAGUAAACUGACAUGACUGACAGCUCCCUCAGAAUACAGGAAGUAAACUGACAUGACUGACAGCUCCCUCAGAAUACAGGAACUAAACUGACAUGACUGGCAGCUCCCUCAGAAUGCAGGAACUAAACUGACAUGACUGACAGCUCCCUCAGAAUACAGGAACUAAACUGACAUGACUGAUAGCUCCCUCAGAAUACAGGAACUAAACUGACAUGACUGACAGCUCCCUCAGAAUACAGGAACUAAACUGACAUGACUGACAGCUCCCUCAGAAUACAGGAACUAAACUGACAUGACUGGCAGCU